GGGCGGAAGAGCUCUGGUGCGCCGCCUGCAGGCCGCAGAAGAAGCCGUAGUUACCGUUUCCGGGUCAGCCCAGAGCCGCAGCGCUAGCGGCCGUUGUUAGCUGCUUGGUUAGCACCAUGGCGGCAGUACGCAGCUUGCGGGUCUCGGUGAAAUCAGACAGCGGCUCCGACCGCUCGGACUCCGAUUCCGAGUCGGAUAGAGAUGCCCGCGAAGCCGAGCCAAUGGAGGUGGAGGAGGGAGAGCUGGAGCCCGAGGACAUCUCCGUUAACCGCUCUCUGAAGGAGCUGCUGCCGGACACCAGUCGGCGGUAUGAGAACAAGGCCGGAGCCUUCAUCACUGGAAUCGACGUCAACUCUAAGGAGGCGAUCGAAAGGAAAGAGAAGCGAGCGCAGCGUUUCCAUUUUCACGGGGAAGAGAAGGUCGGCCAGCGCAACGUUUUCCUGGAUAAAGACGCCAUGAAAAAAGCCAUCCCCCAGCUGCGCAUGGAGGCAAUCCAUGUGAUGGGCGUGGACGACAUGAGCACGCAGGACGUCUUCGGGUACUUUAAAGAGUAUCCUCCGGCUCACAUCGAGUGGAUCGAUGACACUUCCUGUAACGUGGUAUGGCUAGAUGAUGACACCCCCAUUCGAGCGCUCAUCAACACAAGCCGGAUGCCCGACUCGGAGACUGUUACCACGGAGACGGGGGGCUCCAGCCAGCCGGGCGAGCAGAGCAAAGGUCGGCGAGGUCAAGGAUCAGAUGACGAGGAAGAUGAAGAGGAGGAGGGCGAGGUAGACGAAGGUGGAGAGGAAACGGCGAAGAAGCGCAGCGAGGACAUUGAGGGGAAAGAUGGCGACGCAGAGACGAAGACGAAUUCUGAGGGCAGACAGGCCAAAAUCGGCCGAUCACCAAAACGGUCGCACGACUCAAAACGGGCCAAACGUCGCACAGUGUCUGCUCAGCUUAACACGUGUUUCCUGUGUGCAGACGACAAGAAGGAGCUGGGCGCCGCUCGCCGCAGCCGAUACUACAUGAAGUACGGAAACCCGAAUUAUGGCGGCAUGAAAGGCAUCCUCAGCAACUCCUGGAAGAGGCGGUACCACAACCGACGGAUUCAGCGAGACGUCAUCAAGAGCAAGAAGCCUCUGAUUGGAGACAGCAUGGGCCACACGCCGCCGUACACACACCGACACUCGGCGGAUCUCGUCAACCUGCCCGAGGAGCCCAUCAAGGAAGAAGAGGAGGAGGAGGAAGACGACGGCGACGAGGACAUGGACUCUGACGACAGGGUGGUGGAGUACAGGGAGAGGGGGGACAGGGGCGGUGGCUCACGCUCACUGGGGGCGGGGCUCCACAGCCAGACGGACCGCUCUCCGUCUCCGUGGUCCGAGUCGGACGAGAUGGACUACGACCUGGAGCUGAAGAUGAUCUCCACGCCGUCGCCGAAGAAGAGCAAGAAGAUGACGAUGUACGCCGACGAGCUGGAGACGCACCUGAAGAGCAUCCGGAACAGGAUCGGAACGUCGGGAUCACAGAGCAGGACCAAAGCCUCGUCGCCCUCUAAGGUGACGGACGUGCGGCAGCUGCUGGAGGAGAAGCGGCAGGGCCACUCUCAGCACAGCCAGCCCCCUCCGGUGGUCAGCGGCGGGAAGACAGACGUACGGCAGCGGCUCGGGAAAAGACGCUACUCUCCAGACAGACGCCGCUCCCCCUCGCCGCUGUCCCCGAGAGACACUCCCCUAGCCAGAGAUGUGCAUCGCAGACUGGGCGUGGCCAGUCAGGACAGCAGAGGCCACUGCUCAAACUCAUCCACAGACAGGAAGACGGGCGGGCUGUGGAGCAGACUCGGCUCCAGCGACGACGACGGCAGCAGCGCUGCCGCCAGACGUCACGACAGGUCAAGCGGCCGCUCGGCGGGGCUGUUCUCCUCUUCCUCAUCGGGCCGGGAUGGCGGUGGCAGCAGUAGAAGCGAGAGGAGGCGUGGUGACGGAGAGGGGGACAAAGAGGAGGAGGAUGACAGGCGCGGGGACGAGGAGGACGACUCGACGCUGCAGAGGAUGUGGGGCGCCAUGAUCAAACAGAAGCAGGAGCGUCUCACCCACAAGAUGAAGAAGAGUCGGCUGGACAACCUGCCCUCGCUGCAGAUCGAGAUCAGCCGUGACAGCAGCGACGAGUCCGACGCCUGAACCACACGAGGAGGAGGGGGCGGAGCAGUAUUUCCUCUGAUGGACGACCCGGGUGAGUUGGGGAACGGGGCCGGGCGGCGAGCUUCUCCCUUUGAAAACACCUGAAAUAAUGACUCGUAAAUAUCAACAGAAACAUUUCAUAAAACUUCUCCAGGGAGCCGCAGUCCACCUCGACUGCUCCCUGAAGCUCCGCCCACCUUUAAUUUCAACUUCCUGCAGUGUGCGCCCUCCUCACUUCCUGUCUGAAGCGAGGUGAAGUUGCAAAUUGUCACUUUAUCAUCCAGAUCAGUGACAGUUGUUUGGGGGCGUGGCCUCUAAUCACCUGCUGCAGGUGAGGCAGAAUAGAGCCAAAGGAAGCGAUCCGUCCCCUGAAGUCGUAUCGCCCAGUACUGAGGGGUCAGUCGGGUUGUGAGGUCAUUUCCUGCCUCGGCGUUCCGGAGUUUGUUCACUCGGCUGUGGAUCUGAGGACAUUUCGGAGGAAGUCCUGCGAAGUUCGGUGCUAAUUAUGAGCAGAGGGCGAAGCUUUGGUUCCCGCGGCCUCCUCUCCUCCUGCCUGUGGUGUUCUGUCAGGAUGUGGCAAAGCAUCAUGGGAAACUCUCCGCUCACCUGCUGCUGCUCUUCUUGUCACCAUUCUCGCUCGCCACCAUUCCUCAGCUUUUCCCCGUCUGACUGCAGCUCAGACAGUGAAGUGACUCCGCCUCCAGCGUGUGGUGUAGGCGUGGUGUUAGCGCUGGCAGGACUGGGGCGUCCGCUGUGGGACAUUUUCCUACUUUUUGUCUCUUUAUUAUUCUUUUUUUCUUCUAAACACCUUGUUGAUGACCCGGAUGUGUGUGCGAGUGCGAGUCCAUCGACUGUUCCUGUGACGUCACAUGAUGUGUUGUUUUUAAAUGAAACCUUUGGGUCCACGUGCAGGUGACACCACACUGCUGCUCCUGAGAUGAGAUCAUUAUUAAAGUACCGGCUGAUGUUUUAUUCCA